GACGCCCUUGACGAGAGGCACGCAACACAACACAGACCUAAAUCGUUAACCGUUAAAUCAAAUGGAGAGAGAGAGGGAGAGAGAGCGCGCAGGAGAUCUGACACACGAAGAUUUUGACUUUGAACCUGUGCGAGGGGAAAACCCCAGACAGCAUAUCUCUGACGUCACAUUGACCCCGAUCACAAGAUCAAAAUCUCUAUGAAUUGAUUGCCUCUUGAAGUGCAGAUCUUAUAUUUAGGCUGAUUCUGAGGGGGAUCGCAACGGCUACAGUAACACGACACAGAUGCAGGAGUUGUCAGGAUGGAUGGGUCUAAACUACAAGGUCUGCUUUGUCCCAUGUGCUUUGAUAUCCUCACAACAGCAAAGACUCUUAAAUGUGGACAUUCUUUCUGCAACAACUGCCUUGACGGAGACAAUGAAGCCAUAUGUCCUUUAUGCAGUGAGGAAAACCUUGCUGUAGGGGCUGGACAGGGAGAUGUGACCUACGAAGAGAAAUCAAAUGACAAGGGGUCUGCUGUAGGAGUAGGUGAUGAUCUUCCUGCAGUGAGCAGUCUAACUUUAGGAGGGGAAUCAACAAGUGCAGAUAAGCAAAAUUCAAAGUCUUCUGCAGAUGAUGGAACAAAGAAGGCAGGAGAACAACUGAAACCAACGAGCUCAGAAUCGGCUAAUUGUGGAACUAGUGGAAACAUUACAGCAAAGGUUGUGUCGGUGGUCCAAAUACCACGAAGAGCGUGUAAUGUGAACGGGAUGGCAGCCACGUCGAAGGAUUCUGUAGUCGUAGGUUUCGGAUGGGACGGGAAAGGUUCCGACUGCUUUUCCAUGUCCGGUGACAAAACUCAACAUUUGAAGCCGGCAUUGGGUAACGUAUGUGACAUUGCAUUUCUCUCUAACGGUAACUCAGUUGUUUCACUCGGGAACAACACAGGUCGUGUGUACGACCCCGAAGGUACAAAGACAGACACAAAAUACUCUUUCAUCCAGGGUUUGGGACAUCCAUGCCUGUGUACUGAUCAGCAAGAUAACGUUUAUGUCGUCAACGGAAACCCAUCAAUUUACAUCUUCAAAGGCAACACGAAGGAUCCGCAUACCGUUGUCCCUACAGGAAAUAUUCUGCCAUUACAGGUCUGCGUCACGAAGGGCGGUGUGAUGAUCACAUCUACCGGUAAUUUCACACGCGGUCGGAUCACGGUGUAUGACAAGACCGGGAAUGCAGGUAGCUCCAUCGCUGCAGCAGGUUCUGACAACGACGAGGAUAAUGAAGAUGGCGAAUGCCUCUACGCUACGGUGGACGAUCAGGACAGAGUGUUGAUAGCGAGGGUGGGGCGUUGGUCCAGCGUGAUCUCAUUGACUAGGUAUACUCUUGAGGGUACGGAGCUCCUUGAAGAUGUGGCCUUUGGGGAAAUCCCCAUUCCACACCAGAUUGAUAUGGCUUGCUGGUGUUAUGUGGUCACUUUAACACCUAAAAUGCUUGUCUUUGCUAAUGACUGUUUUCUGUAUUUCAUAGAGCUUUUAGAGUAAUUUGGGAUUUGUUUUACUCAUCCAUUGACCUUUAAACUGCACGGAUUAUAAUAAUGACUUUUAUAGAAAAGGAAUUUAAAUAAUUUCCCUUGUCUUUCCCGGUGCGUGCUUCUUAGAGCUCUUUGGUCAAUCCGAAAGAUAUUUUUAAAACUAAACCAGUCCUGUAUGGCCGUUAGGAGGCUGCUCUUGACCAAUUAGAAUGCCCUCCCAUUAAUGGACUCGCAUCAAUCGUCUUAUCGAUGUAAAUUAAUUCAAAACUACCUUCUGAUACCAAUAUAAAUAAUAAUACAUAAUACCGUGAUAGGAUGAUAUAGUUAUAAGUAGUUUGCCAUAUUUCUGUAGUCUCUUACUGUUAACAUGACUAACAUUUAAUAACAAUAUUUCAGAUUAUUAUAUUUUCAAUAUACAUUUGACGAGACUAUCUUCAGUUGCUUUGAUCAAAGUAGCCCUAUUCAUGUAUGCCAUGUUUAUAGGAGUAUAAAAAAUAUCAAAUCUUAGUGUAUUUGUAAUUCAUCGCCAUAUUUUCACUUUUGUUUAUACUUUCAAGGGGCAAACUGAAAAAGAAUUUUCCUAUUUUCUGGUCAUUUUUUUUCACUUAAAGUAAUAUGAAAUCUGAUGAUUCUGUACAAACAUGCUCUAGACUCACUGAGAGAGGGGAUACUCCCCUGUUCUACAAUGACAGCUUUCAUUUAUAUUUUAUGUGAAGAAAGUAGUAUCAUAUUAUUGUUCUUAUUUCUUAUCAGUAGUUCGAUUCUUUGUUGCAUACUUUAAUGUUUUACUAUAAAGACAACUUUCAGUCAUUUUAUAAAUAAUGUUUGUAAAUUGCAAUCUUUGUCCUUAGUUUUCAUAUCAGUGUGUUUAUGUUUGAAUAAUUUUAUAUUGUAUGAUAAUUUUUUGUUGUUGUUUAAUGGCAGCUUUCACCUGUAUUAAGUAUGAAAAGAGUACGUUUUGUUUAAAAAGUCAGUGUACAAAGCUAAACGAUUGUACAACUGAUUAAACCAAUAAUUCAAUUUUGUCUAAGAUUUUACAAAUGACUAUGAUUACAUAUUUCACUUUAUUAAUUCAUCAUUUCUCAGUUUCUGAUAGGAGUGUUAUCCUUUAAUCAGCUAUAAAAUUAUUCCUCCAUUUUUAAAUAACACCCUUCGUGACAACCAAACUACUUUGUCACCCUAAUGAGACAAACCACCUGCGGUAGUUUUGAUGGUUGCUUUAUUUUUUCUGCCAGUAGUACAUAACAUAUUUUGAUUAAUUAGCUAUGCACGUUAUAAAAUGUUAAAGACCGAAUAGAAUGGUCGAGCAGUAAAGAUUACGCCUCAUGAAUGGAAGGUCGUAGAUUCGAUCCUCGGCGGGAUUGAAAACUUCUGCCUUCUUCAGGCGCUGGACAUUGUAAUUCACAAUUAGAAUUCGACCUCAGAAUCUUUAUUUGCAUGUAUAUUUUUAAUGGGGAAUCCUAGUUAUUACUUGGCACGUUGAUCUGUGAUGACAUCGUGUAUAAAGGAUUAUGUAUAAUUAGAUCAUUAUAUUGUCUCAUUUUAAUAAAAUUAAAGAAAAAAGGGCUACCUUCACAAA